UCAUAUAAAGCAUUGCCGUAGAAAGAUUGCUGCUCUGUUACCUACGUACCACAACAAAAUGUGUGGGUUGGCUCUAGGUCUAAGCAAGCCUAACAAUCUCCUAGCCAUACGGUAGCGACGCACCAUGGCCAGCCACGUGAACCGAUAGACUAAUCAGGUGACUCAUCUCAUCAGCAAGACGGCUACGAUGUUUUACCUGGUACGGUACCGGAGAGGGGACUACCGGUACAUGUCAUUGUUGAAUGGCGUUGCUAGAGGAUGGCUUGGUGAAGCUUGAAGACGUCAAUCGCGCAGUGAGAGAACCAAAGCAUUCGCCUGAGACAAAGUGUGACUGAAGAAGUGUGACUGAUUUUUCAUUCGUGGAUUAUCAGCGUGGAAGAGACGAUUUCCACGCUGUCGAGUCCCCUCACAUUUUGAGCGACAACCAUCACUAUGUCCACACUCAUCCUCCGCGAUCAGCCCCCACUCUACUCUCCCCCGAGAAGCCUCAUUUUUUGGAUUUCUCAUUCAUUCGCUUGCACAACAACGAAUUGACGACAAUGACAGCAACAUUUUCUCGCCAAGUCAUGCAUUGCAACCGCGGAAACCAUGGCAAAGAAGUUCCGAAAGGAGGCGACGCAGUUGAGGACAUGGACCGCGUUGAGAGUGAUCUGGUGGCGAAAGGUGAACAGAACUGCCCCGUUCAUAAUGCGAUACGCCCCGUGAAAUCUUCUGCUUCUCGAAAACAAAGAGUGUUGCGCUUAUUGAGACGGCGCGGUCGAAUAACUCAGGAGAACCAUGGUGGGUUCGAGGAAAUUGGUCGCAUCGAUUGUUUGCUUCGCCCUCUUGUCGAAGUCGAAGGCAAGCAAGUAGGACGCUACCGUCUAAUAGAACGUCUUGGAUCUGGAGGUUACGGUCAAGUCUUCCUCGGACGGAAGAAUUUAACACUGCGGACUUUCGCAGUCAAAGUCCAACGGAAGAGCGAUCUGCAGCCAAUGCACAAGCUGGAGCGAGCGAAUCAGGAGAUCGGCUUGAUGCGAGCCCAUAGUCACCAUCCGAAUAUCAUUGGAUUCCAUCAAAAGAUUAACACUCCUGAAAAGUUGUAUAUUGUGAUGGAGAAAGCAACAAUGGAUCUAACGUCGUUGCUUUUUAAGACUAACGUCUUUCAAGGUCGCCAAACUGACGUGAAGCAACAGGUCAUGCUCGGUAUCUUGAGAGCAACCACGUAUCUGCACGAAAGAGGCAUUGCACACCUAGAUUUGAAACCAUGCAAUGUUCUUGUCCAAACAUCUGCGCUGAGUGAUGAUGGAACCUUAAUUCCAGGUCGACGCAUUGAGGCAAACUCGAUUCGUCUUUGCGACUUUGGAAUGGCUUGUGUGUCCGCCAACUAUGACCCCAAGGAUACCAAAAUCGACUUUGACUAUGAUUGUUACAUCGAGUCCAGCUAUGGUCUACCAAAAAAGCACUUUGUGGCGCUGAAAGGCGCUUUUGGCACGACCGGGUACAUGGCACCAGAGAUGUUCAGCGGGCAGUGGUACGACGGGCGUCGAGCCGAUGAUUUUUCGGUUGGCUGUAUUCUUUCAGUACUUACAUUCCAGAAGAUAGUGACAGAGGAGUGUCUUGUCGGGUUUAAAACGAAAAAUCAUGAGGAAAAGGGGCAGCUAAAGGAUCUUCUGGAAGACUUGUUGUCUGGACCCCUGCUAUACAGAACCACCUCAAAGAGAGCUAUGAAGCAUCAAUGGUUCCGAUGUCUACAGGAAAAAGCAGCGACAUACAGCAGCACCAUAAAUUAGAAUAUCUUUAGAACUCAUCCUAACAUGCAUGGAUUCAUCCACAUUUAGUCCUUGUCAGUAUCAUAGAAUAGACCGCGGCGCGCAGGUGCAAUAGUAGAAUUCAUUACUUUAGUUAGAA